AUGGCGCGCAGUCUACGAGCCAGAACCAAACCCAAAGCCGAAGACUCCCGGCCUACAUCCCCUCAAACCGCGCCAGUGAGUGGGACACACACCCCCCCCUUCCCGGCAGAAACGACACGCCCUUCGAAGAGGCGCAGAACCGGCGCGAACUCGCGUGUCCCCAGUGAACCGCUGCCGGAACUCGCAUCGCAGGACCUUGGGGAGAACACAGAGACCUCGGUGGCUACAGGGAGCAAGAGAUCGCUACCCCCGGCGCCGACCGGGUGGGUUGAGCCUCCGCGGAGACCAGCGCAGCCCAGUUGGAAGGAUACGCCCUGGUCUGCACUCUGCACACCGUCCAACCCGAUUCUCUCGACCAUGCGGCCGCUGGGCCAGAUGCCUGCUGCAGCCGACUACCGCAAAGUGGGACUGGUCCCGCCCUCCAAAGCCCGUGCUGUGCCUGGCGAGCAGGUCUCCAAGGCGUUGUUGGGAAGCAAUGGGGAUUCAGCAUCCGCCACCCGGCCGCCGUCACCACUUCUCGCGGCCGCAACCGCAGAGGAGUCAAUGGCGCUGCCCAGCGAAUUACCGCUGCCGGAGGCUUGGCUGGAUGAUGACCUCGCGGCCCUGGAGGCGCUGCCGCUUCCCAUAUCGGACGAGUUCGACAUCGACAAGCUCAAGUCCGCCGUCGAGAAUGCCAUCCGCAUGGCCGCCGAGUUGGAGAACCGCACCGUCGCUCGCGGUCUCCUCCGCCUGUGGAGCGACAGCUCGAGCGACCCUUUUCUACUCUCAGUGCUUGAUGGUGUCAUCCGCCAAAACCCGGACCCUCAGGAGAAGUCGGCCUUUCGCGCUCUGAUGCGCGCCGCCUCCCGGAGCGCCCAGGCAGACCUGGAGCCCACCACUAUCCUCGCGGCACCACCGAUGGGUCGUGUCCGUUCCGCCACAAGCUCCUCGUCCCUCUCAUCAGCCAAGUCCCUCGACCCGGAGAUGUUUGCUCCAGGCAUCGCCUCGGCCUCGGCCAAGGACACCCGCUCGCGCGCCAAGGGCAAGCUUGUCGCGCAAAAGGACAAGGAAAAAGCCAGAGCAUCUGAACCUCCCGCCCGGCGAUCAGUUUUCCCACCCCUUGACGCGGCCGCCCAGCGCAAGCGUGCCUACGCGGACGAUCCCGAGUACUCGGAGGAGGCUCUAGAAACCAAACGCCGGCGCAUGACCAAGUCCUUUGAUGAUGUCGUGGUCCGUGAGAGCGCCAUCCGCUCCUCUCUAUCGCUAGAACCGUCGAACCCUCCCUCGUUAGCUUCGGAUGACAGCCCACCAUCGCGUGACAUGAGUGUCGCUCCUAACGGUACAGGGAGAUCCGCCUCUCCGGAUGGCACCCGCACAUCGCGGAUGAGUCGUCCGGCCACCCAUUCGGACGACGAAGAUUCCGGUGUCAACAGCGACGCAUGCCACGAAUGCGAUCAACGCGGCAACUUGGUGUGCUGUGACGGGUGUGUGGACUCCUACCACUUCACCUGUCUGAAACCGCCCCUCAACUCGAAAAAACCCCCCGAGGGCAAAUGGUAUUGUCCAAAAUGCUCGGUUACGGGCCCCAUGGACAAACUGCUCAAGAAUCUCGAGCGGAUGGAAGAGCAAGAUUUCCAGCUGCCAGGGUACAUUCGGGAAUACUUUGCAGGCGCAACGACGGGUCGGGACGGCAAGUACAUGCCUAUCGCUACGAAUAGCAAGAACAAAGAGAAACGAUCCACCCGGACGGGCGUGUACCACGAUCCCAACCUGCUCAAGAUGUUUGACUCCAAGGGCAAGCUCAUUGUCUGCGUCCGGUGCGGCCGUACCACCAACAACACGCGGCCAAUCAUCAGGUGCGAUUACUGUCCCUGUUACUGGCACCUCGACUGCGUCGACCCGCCACUGGCCAACCCGCCCGUUCACAAAGCCGGCUGCAACAACCCCAGUUGGAACUGGAUGUGUCCAAAUCACGCUUCCCAUGAGAUGUAUACUGUCGCUCCCGAUGAGGAGGCUUUCGAGCGGGGCCUUGGCGACGAUGAGACUUAUGCCCGCGGUCGCGUGUUCCGCCACCGCCGACCUCGACGCCCUCGCAUCAUCGACGUCGAUGUGCUCCUUGACGACUCGGAGACCGAGGAGAUGGAGGAGGAAGAGCAUGGUGGCGUGGUAUAUCGCCUCCCAGAGCAUGGAAUCAAGCUUGAUUUUAUCACACGUGUUAAAAGGGAAAACAUGGAAGCCGAGAUUCGUAAUGAACGAGCGGCACAGUACAAAAAGCACGCUGAGAAGAAGCUCGACGAGCUCGUUGAAAAAGCCACAGCAUACUAUACCACUCCCCACGCGGCCGAUGAAAUGGACCAGGCGACUCGGGCCAUUCUGAAUUCACGGACGUCCGCCGAACGUGAGGCCAUCGCGAACCUGGUAGAGUUUUCACAGCAACAACCAGCAGUAUCACUGCAACCAGAAGAACAACAGCAGGAGCAACAACUUCCUCACUCCCCUGACAAGAUCGGCCUACUGAUCGACCAUCUGCGCUCCAGCGCACCUCAUCUUCCCCCUCCAGAAACGGAGAUUGCAUCCCUCCAUGCCCUCCAGGCACUCAUCGCCCGCCGCCUGCAGGCUCUCGGCGCCGUGUCUGCUGCACCUGCGGACAUCCCUUCUUCCCCCCUGAUGAUCCCGACUCUUACCCCUACUCCCAUUCCAACCGAGGUCCAUGAAGUGGAAUCCGAAAAUAGAUAG